AUGCGUCAAGUGAGCGAGUGCAUGCGGCUGUUUCGAGCGUUUCCCCGUCGCUCUUUUGUGUCCUCCUACUCCUCUUUCAUCCGCUCCUAUCCCAUAAUCUCAUCGUCCGUUCGUUUCUUGCAUGUAGAGCGAGACAAAAACAAUGUGUCGGAGCCAGUCGUAGCACUAAAACCGUCUCUGAACCCCACAUCUGAAGUUAAAAUUGAGCCAAUUAGUAAACUUCUUGACUGUAUAAAUGACCCAAAAUCGAGGUAUCACGUGGCACUUAAGGCGUUUAAUAAUCUGCGGUCGCGCAAUUUGAAGCUCAGUGAAAAUUUGUAUCUGUCACUACUGUAUAAAGCAUCACGUGAAGGUCGCUUUGUGCGGGUAUGGAAAGGUUAUAAUGAGUUUUUAGAGGACGAAAAGAAAGGUCUCGUGAAGACAAUAAAGAGAGCUUCCACUACGUGGCCCAGCAUUACAACCGCGAGAAUGCAAAUGCAUCGCUUUGUGCUUUGGUCAAUGCUGGACACGGACCGUGCAUAUGAAAUGGGAACGUUUUAUCAGAAUGAAGUCAUUGGCAAAUGUAAUGUGGCUGGGAUCCAUGAGCCAGAUUCGUACAAUUUUUUAUUACGAGUGGAAUGCACAACGAAAGUAAUGGACGAAACAGACCAAGGCCUGCGACAGCGAGUGGAGACACUGCUUGACGCAAUGGAGCGCUUAAAAUUGCAUACGAGCUACUCGUCUACUCAUAUGCUCGUAAGGUUGAUUUUGUAUCGUCCAGAGAUAUUUUUUGAUGCUUUAACGAAUGAAGAGAGCGUUGGAGACGAAGUGAGGGCCAAUUUAGAUACCAAGUACACAGUCAAAGCAAUGGGGGAAUUAGUGAUCGAAUACAUGGAUCGUUUCCCGUAUGCACUCGCGCUGGACUCAAAACGGCUUUCGAUUGCAGUAAGUGCUGCCGCUGCGGCUGGUCAGUAUGACGCUGCUAAGAUGCUACUUCAGCACGGAGCGGCACACCACGUGCCAAUUGAUGCAGGGUCGUUCGCGCAUGCUGUGGGGAGUGCCUCAGAUGAUGCUGGUCGCUUUGAGAUUGCCGAUUUGUACAUGCAUGCCAAGGAGCACGAGCGUAUUUACACUGUUCAAGACACAGACAGUAGCUGUGUCAACUAUCUGCUGCUCUACGCCAUACUCGAUGGCAACUUCAAGCACAUGAUGGAGCUCCUACAGGAGAUGCAACUCAAUAACAACAAAGCAAGCCAUCGAACAGUGAGUGAGUUAUUCAAAAGUAUUGCGCAGUUCCGAGCAGAGAUCCAGAGAGCUAGCACUAGAAACGAUGCCGACAAGAAACUGGCCGAGUGUCCAACAACUAUGGAGUUAUUUGAGAAGUUUCCAAAUGCCAUUCCUUACACCACACACUCGCUCUCUCAAGGCAUACUUCAGAGUCUGUAUGCUGGAGACCUAGCUGUAGCCCUCGAGCUCAUGCGUACAGCUUUCUGGUGUGAAGAUGUCAAGUUGCGGCCGGAGAUUUACUCUCAGCUGCUAUACCCUCUGCUCGCCGGCGGACAGCGAGGUGGGGAUAAAUCUGGCGAUGUCAGUGUGUUUGAUCGUCUGGAAGUGGAGCGACAUUUUGACAGGCUGUAUCCGAACCAGCGUGCACACUUGAACGCGCUGAUUGUUAAUAUUUGCCAGUCCAAUGAGGACUUCUCUACAAUGCUGGUGUGUCUGGAUCGCUGGCAGGCACAAGGUCACCCACCGAUGAGUCGACGAGUUGUGCAACGUGUGUUCGAUAUGAUCUCGAAGCAGGUCCAGCAGCUUCGAAAGCGCGAUGACAACAGUCCACUUGGUACUACUUUCAUCGUUGACGGCACGAAGCUGUCGUAUGAGGCCUUUCUAGUGCGAUAUCGCAACAUCAUUACGUGGGACGCCUGGACAUUUGAGCGUGCAAUUGUCCGUGCUCGUACAAGUGGCCUGUACGCCGACGUGGUUGUGUUACUGGCGCAGGCCGCCUCGCGUGGUCUAAUACUCAAUACCGCUGCCUACGUUGUAUCGCUUUGCGUUCUAGAAGAGAUUGGUGAGCCGUCUGCAAUUGUGGCUUGCGUAGAGAAAAUGAAGGCGAAUGAUGCGUGGGAAAAAGCUGUAGCUAAGGACUCAAAUGUGCAGGGGAUUUUGGACCGAGCCUUGGGCAAUCUGCCGGUAGAAGAAGCAAAAGACCGAGAGCUGUAG